AUGUUCUGGACUGGGUUGAUCGUUGCAGCUCUCGCAGCGCACGUUUCGUGCCAAAACCUCCAAUACACCGGCACGAUCCUGCUGACGCGGGAUGAUUUUUGCAACUUUAACAACAUCCGCGCGUGGCGAUGUGACGAUGUGUUCAGCAGCUACCUUACCGCCAAUCCACAAUUAGAAAAAUGCACACCAAACGGAAAGAUCUAUUCCAACCGCUGCUCGGCGCUGCCUGACGAACGACCCGUCAGUUUUCCCGUCGAAACACGGUUCAACGAACCCGCCACAACACCGGAACGGCGUCCGGCCAAUGAUGCCGAUCUGGAGGUGCCACAACCGUCGGUUCCGUACGACCGUAAAGUGAUGGACUUCUCGCUGAAGCUGUUCCAGAAGGCGUUCCCUAGCGAUAACUCAAAGAAUUACAUAAUAAGCCCGCUCAUGGUGCAGACGCUGCUGUCCUACCUGACCGAGGGUGCAUCUAACGUGACGCGCCAGGAAAUGGAAACCGUGUUACGGUUGAACACCGUCGAUCUUGCCGACAUUGCACGCGCACUGGGACCGGCCGAGUAUGGUGAUACGCCAAAGUACAAGUUGGACAUUGCCUCGCAAAUUUACAAAUCGACAAAUUUCGAGCUGCUGCCCGGCUUCCGGGAGUCACUCAAACGCAACCAAGCACCACUGGAGGAGAUGGAUUUCUCCAACAAGCGGAAAGCCGUCGAGACGAUCAACGACUGGGUGAAGCAACAGACUCGGGAAAAAAUUCUGGAAGUGGUGGAUGAAAAAACGAUGGAUCCCGAAACCCAGCUGUUGCUGCUGAACGCGAUCUACUUCAAUGGCACGUGGAUGUACAAGUUUAACAACAAAACGGACCGAGGAUUCUUCUAUCACAGCGACCAGCAGACCGAGCGUAUGCCAGUGAAUAUGAUGCAUCUUACGCAGGAGCUUCGAAACGGCAAUACCAAGCCGGACAGCUAUGCACGUGGCAUGGCUUGGCUCGAGUUGCCGUAUAACGGUGACCGGAUGUCGAUGAUUUUGUUCCUACCGAACGAGCGUUUCCAGCUGGAACGGGAGCUGCGAAAGCUCACCGUGCAGGAUUUGGAUAACAUUCUGGCUGAGAUCGAGAGGGACGAGACCAGCAAGGUUAGGGUGCAGCUACCGGAAUUCAAAGCAGAAAGCACAGUCUCGCUGGUGGAACCCCUGAAAAGUAUGGGAGUGGCAAGCAUGUUUGGUGACAAAAAGCCAUUCGAUCGAAUGUCCAACGAGAAUGUGAAGGUAUCUGACGUGAAACAGAAGUCGUUCUUAACCGUCAAUCGGCAUGGUACAGUGGCGACGACUGUUACUGUGGCCACCGUAAUUCCCCUCAGCAUUACACACACGAUGGAGUUCAAGGCCGAUCAGCCAUUCGCAUUGAUGAUCGUGGAUAAGCACAAAAAAUUGCCACUCUUUUUCGCUAAAAUUAGCCAGCCUCUUAAGGUGACGGCCAAGAAUGGCUGAUCUAGUUAGUACAACGGUCACUCAAGUCUCUACUGUAAGCAAAAAUGGGCAGAGAUGAUAAAGGAUGGGUGAAAAAAGAGAAAUAAAAUUGUGAACAAAAAUAAUACAACUCCCACUGCAUGUUGCAAAACACUUUGAUUGCGUUGAGUAAUAAAAAAUUCCCAUUGUUAAAUUGAAUAAUAGUGACUUUAGUUAAACUAAUUAGUGUGACGGUUCACUAUGAUUUUUUUGACACAUUAACUAACGUUACGUCAUAAAAGUGUUUUGGCAUUUAGGAACAAAAUCAAAAA